GCAGUUAUGGCCCAGGUAAAGGUAACAGGGGACACAGUGAGGAGCCACCAGGACUGUGCUGAGGUUUACUCUGAUAUGGCUACUGUCAGCUCCAGUGCAGAUAUAGGAGAGACAGGGAGGAAGGGCUCAUUGUGUGGGACCCCCAUGGCUGCUGGUCUCAGUCGGCGGAGCAGAGCCUACCCCUCUCCAGCUAGGAGACGCCACCGCACCACCUUCAGCCACAAGCAGCUGGAACAGCUGGAAGUGGCCUUUGGACAAAACCAGUAUCCCGACAUCUACUACAGAGAGGAGCUGGCCCGCAUCACCAAACUCAACGAGGCUCGCAUACAGGUGUGGUUUCAAAACAGAAGAGCCAAACAGCGGAAGCAGGAGCGGGCCUCCCAGAAGGUGCUCCCAGUGGGCGUGAUGCCGGGCCACAGGGCUCUGCUGGGAGGAGUGCACGUCCAGCCAUCCAGCAUGGCUCGACCGUACUACACUCAGCCCCUGGCUCACAUCUCCCGCCUCUCCCCCAUGUUACCCUCAGGGGCGUACUCCCGCCACCCAGGCCCGGUCAGCCAGUGUCCCUGCCCCAGUGUCCCCCCACAGCCUGCGUCCCAACGCCAGCAUGACGACUGGUACAGCCCUCUGAGGGGCAACCUCACCUCACCCAUGUUCUCCCUGGCCUCCAUGCAGCCUCUGGACCACACCUCUCACUGGAGCUAA